CAACCCGCCCAACAGACAGGGGGCGCAGGUCCGUCUGCUCCGCCUCGGCCCAAGACCUGCGGCCGCUCCUAGCGCCGGUGCCGCCGAGUCCCGAUCUGGGGCCUUGUCCUCGCGUCAAUGGCUGUCUUCGCAAGCGCUGCGCUCCGGGGACUGACGCGCUCCGUGCCCGUGCUGAGACCGACUUCUUGGUGGCUGUCACAAAGGAGCCAGCACUUGACCCCUGUGGAUGAUGAGCUGUUCCAGAAGACCACUAUCACUUUGCUGGAGAAAGAUUCACCCCACAUUAUGUACAUAGACACCUAUAGCCCCCGGGGCUUUACUGUCAAUGGCAACCGCGUUGUGGGGCCCUGUGCCUUGGUCCCCAACUCUGUCAUGCAGUGGAAUGUGGGGAGCCAUCGGGACAUCACAGAAGAGAGCUUCUCCCUUUUCUGGAUGUUGGAACCUCGAAUUGAAAUUGUGGUGGUGGGCACUGGCGAUCACAUGGAAAAGCUGCAGCCCGAGAUUUUGAAGGCUAUGAGGAAGCGUGGAAUUGCUGUUGAGGUCCAGGACACGCCCAAUGCCUGCGCCACCUUCAACUUCCUGUGCAACGAGGGUCGGAUAGCUGGUGCUGCCCUCAUCCCCCCGCCUGGAGGCUCACCUGCUGCAGCCCCAUCCUCACACGUAGAAUAAACUGCUCCUAAUCUCACUUGUUGGUUGUUCGGUGUCUCCAGGAGGAGGCUGUUCUUUUCCUUCUCUUAUAACAAAUAGCCCUAGAU